GCCUGAGCCCGGCUGAGCCGCCGCCGCCGCGAGUCCCGUCCGCUCCGUGUCCGCCACCGAGCCCGGCCGAGCCGCCGCCGCCCGCCAGUCUCUGUUCAUCCAGUCCCUGCACCCUUGAGAUGCUCUCCCUGGAUCCACUGAGUCCCGAGUGGGAUUGCCCCCUGGGCUCCAAGGACCUGGAGGAAGAGGAGGGCCCAUGGGGAGGGGGCUCUGGCCUGCCGCCCACAGGCUGCCUCCCUGGCUCCUGGCGCCAGGACGUGGGCCUGGACUGCAAGGGCUCCCCGGAAGGGGCCGAGGCCCGGGCCUGGACUGUCUACUACUACAGCCUCCUGCAGAGCUGUCUGCAGCAAGCUGGCCUUCCGGAGACCCAGGACCGCAGCCAGGUGCCCCGCACAGGCUGUCCUGGGGCAGAGGUGACCUUGUGCAUUCUGGGAUCCCCGAGCACCUUUCUGUCAGUGCUGCUGGAGGGUGGGGUCCAGAGCCCGGGAAACAUGCUCCUUUGCCUGUCCCCUGCUUGGAUGAUGAAGGUGCCAGCACCCGGGCAGCCGGGUGAGGCAGCCCUGCUGGUCUCCAAGGCCGUGAGCUUCCACCCAGGGGGCAUGACAUUCCUGGAUGACUUUGUCCCCCCGCGCCGUGCCACCUACUUUCUGGCGGGCGUGGGGCAGGGGCUUGGCUGGGGCCGGGAGGCAGCGGAGCUUGCCCGCGACCUGACCUGCCCCACAGGAGCUUCGGCCGAGCUGGCCCGGCUGCUGGAGGACCGGCUGCUGACGAGGCGGUUGCUGGCCCAGCAGGGCGGUGUGGCCGUGCCAGCCACCCUGGCUCUCACCUACAAGCCGCCGGGGCUGCUGCGGGGAGGGGAUGCCAGCCCGGGCCUACGGCUGGUGGAGCUGAGUGGCAAAGAGGGCCAGGAAUCACUCGUGAAAGAGGAAGUAGGGGCCUUUCUGCACUCCGAGGCCCUGGGUGAUGUCCUGCAGGUGGCUGUGAAGCUCAGUGGCUGGCGUUGGCGGGGGCGGCAGGCAUUGCGUCUGCACCGACGGGCGGAGCCGGGCGCCGUGGCGGACACGGUGCUGGCGCUGCUGGAGAAGCUGGAGGAGGAGGAGAGUGUCCUGGUGGAGGCUGUGUGCCCACCUCCCCGGCUGCCCUUCCCAGGCAGCCCCUCACCUGGGCCUGAGCUGGCAGUGCGUAUCUGUGCUGUGGUGUGUCGGACACAGGGCGACAGGCCCCUGCUAAGCAAGGUGGUGUGCGGCGUGGGCCGCGGGGACAGGCCUCUGCGGCACCAGAACUCCCUGCCGUGGACGCUGGAGGUGGCGCUGGCCCAGUGCGGCCUGGGCGAGGCGACGCAGGUGGCGGUUGUGCGGGAGCGCAUCAAGGCGGCGGCCGAGGCCGCCCUGGCCGCAGUGCUGGCCCUGGAGGCCGGCCUGAGUGCCGAGCAGCGCGGUGGGCGCUGGGCCCACACUGACUUCCUCGGCGUGGACUUCGCGCUGACGGUGGCCGACCGCGCGCUGACCCCCGUGGCCCUGGAGCUGAACGGCGGCCUGUGCCUGGAGGCGUGCGGCGCGCUCGAGGGGCAGUGGGCCGCGCCGGGAGCGGCGGCCGACGCCGCGGCGGCCGCGCCGCUCGUGGAGACCAUGCUCCGGCGCUCGGCGCGCUGCCUCAUGGCGGGCAAGCAGCUGCUGGUGGUCGGCGCGGGCGGCGUCAGCAAGAAGUUCGUGUGGGACGCGGCGCGCGACUACGGGCUCCAGCUGCACCUGGUGGAGUCAGACCCCAACCACUUCGCCUCGCAGCUGGUGCAGACCUUCAUCCACUUUGACUUGACGGAGCACCAGAGGGAUGAGGAGAACGCACGGCUGUUGGCAGAGCUGGUGCGGGCGCGCGGCCUGCAGCUGGAUGGCUGUUUCUCCUACUGGGAUGACUGCCUGGUGCUCACAGCCCUGCUCUGCCAGGAGCUGGGUCUGCCCUGCAACUCCCCGGCCGCCAUGCGCCUGGCCAAGCAGAAGAGCUGCACCCAGCUGCACCUGCUGCACUGCCAUGGCCCCCCCUGGCCUGCGCCCUCCCUUCAUGCUGUGCCCUGCUGCCCACUGGCGAGCGAGGCAGACGUGGCGAGGGCCGUCCACCAGGUCCCGCUGCCAGGCGUCAUGAAGCUGGAGUUCGGGGCAGGUGCAGUGGGAGUGCGGCUGGUGGAGGAUGCGCCACAGUGCCACGAACACUUUUCCAGGAUCGCCCGAGACUUGCAGGGUGAGGCUGAUCACCCGGGCAUUGGGCUGGGCUGGGGCAAUGCCAUGCUGCUGAUGGAGUUCGUGGAGGGCACUGAGCACGAUGUGGACCUGGUGUUGUUUGGUGGGCGGCUGCUGGCCGCCUUUGUCUCCGACAACGGCCCCACGAGGCUGCCUGGCUUCACUGAGACAGCCGCCUGCAUGCCCACCGGGCUGGCCCCGGAGCAGGAGGCACAGAUGGUGCAGGCAGCCUUCCGCUGUUGCCUGGGCUGCGGGCUGCUUGACGGGGUCUUCAAUGUGGAGCUCAAGCUGACUGGGGCUGGGCCUCGGCUCAUCGAGAUCAACCCCCGCAUGGGCGGCUUCUAUCUGCGCGACUGGAUCCUGGAGCUCUAUGGUGUGGACCUGCUGCUAGCUGCUGCUAUGGUGGCCUGUGGCCUGCGGCCCGCCCUGCCCACCCACCCACGUGCCCGUGGCCACCUGGUAGGUGUCAUGUGCCUGGUGUCCCAGCACCUGCAGGCCCUGAGUUCCACUGCCAGCCGCGAGACCCUUCAGGCCCUGCAUGACCGGGGCCUGCUGCGCCUCAACCUGCUGGAGGAGGCCCUGGUGCCUGGCGAGUAUGAGGAGCCCUACUGCAGCGUGGCCUGUGCGGGACCCAGCCCGGCUGAGGCCCGCCACCGCCUGCUGGGCCUCUGCCAGGGCCUGGGCAUCGAUGGGCCCAACUACCCCGUCGCCCACUUCCUGUCUCAUUUCAAAUAGCGCUGGGGCCAGGAGGCAGGUGGGAGGUGCUGGGCAAGGGCUGUGGUGCCCUUGCUUCCUGGUGCUCCCCCUGCCUCUCUCCCCAUUGCCCUGUCCCGGCCCCAGUCUGGCCCACUCUGAUGCCUCAGAUCUGUUCCAGAGUGGCAGGGCCAUUUAGGCACCAAGGUCUCCUGGACUCAAAGGCCACAAAAGCAAGUAUCUGGGGGCUGUUGGGGCCUCUUGCCCUCCCAAAAGUCCCAGUCCAUCCCACAGCUUCCCCAGGACUCUAGCCUUGGAGACAUGACAACAGCUGUAUACACACUUUCACCACCACCUCCCCAGGUGGAAGUGGGCCCCAACCCAGCCACUCUGCCCCACCCCUCCAGGUCCGUUUCUCUUCCUGCCACCUAGCAGAGAGAACCUGGCUGGGCCCCUGGCCUUGGACAAAUCCCAGGAAAACCUGAGACUAAAGCCCCUGUCUUUCUUUUACCCAAAUUCCAGGAUAGUUCUAGGGCCUGCUGAAAACUUUCAGCAGUGUCCCACCUGCCUCAUUUGUCCUGAGCAGUAGAAGCAGGUGACCUGCAGUCAGCAGUAAUCAUCUCCCCUCACACGUCCAGUCAGACGCUGCUGCCCCCAUUCUGCAGAUGAGAGGAAACAGGCUCAGAGAGGAAAAAUGACUGCCCCAAGGUCACGCCACAGUGGAUGGAUGGUCGUGGGACAUGAUGCAAGGUUCAGGUUUCUGUUUUGAUUAAGUCUUAUAUGCCCACUCAGCUUCUAGGCCACCCUCACCUCCCUACCUUCAUUCAUAAGUGGCCCUGAGACACGUGAAUACCUCUGUCCCAUGCGCCAUGCACCUUCUCCACUCAGCUUUGGUGCUUUCAUCUCUGGCACACUAACUAGCAUUGGCAGAGGAGAGUCUGCCAAUUCAAGGAAGGCUGCUUUAAGAACCCUGCUUCUGAGCACACAGGAGCUAUGGACAGCUCCCCAAGCAUUCCUCCCCAAAUAAAGGCUUAUGGACUAGUGAA